GGGUGUUAACGUAUUUGAAAGACGUAUUCCCCACAGAUCAGCUAAUCAGUAUCGGAAAUAAAAAGAUGAAGCUUUGCCUGUCCUUUUUACUUUUCUCCUCUCAAGCCUUCAUAGCUUGCUCAAUAGCAAUCGGAGACGAACGGAAGGUAACCAAAAAGGAAGACAUAUCUUUUGAAGGGAACAAGACUGAGACUCCAUCAUUCCUUUCGACAUUCUACGAAGACCUCGUAGAAGAAAAUGAAGCUCAUGGAAUGGCGUAUUUUCUGGAGAGUUUCCAAGCACAAUGUAAGCUAUUCUUAUUUAAUUGCAACUAGUAAGUUUUCGUUUAUUGUUAAGUCAACAUUGGCAGGACGUUAUGGGCUCCUGACAUUGGUAAUGUCUGGGACUUAAACCAGAGCUUCAAAUAACGCGAAGUUUAUCUCUAAUGGUCGAUCUUAUUUACAAGCAACAUUUUAACAGUUUCAUUAAUAGGCCAUAGAUGAUUUUCUUGUUAAUACAGAGAAACGUUCAUGAGUUGAAGCAGCGUCGACACCUAAGUCUAUUUUCUCUAGGAUAGCGCAUUUUGUCAUGCAUCAACUACAAAGGUGCGUCCAUAAUCAAAAGAAGGAAAAACUGUUUGUGGCCCAGUUCAGUGAAAAUUUGAAAGUUUAGCGAUUGCUAGCAUUACUGAGAAAAUGAUGAAAGACGGAAAUGGAAACAGCAUCAAUUUCCUUUGUAGGGAAUCAAGAAACAGACGAGUUUUUGCUGCCGCCACAUGUCAAAGCACAAGCAGGAACUAUUCGCAAAGCAGAGAUUUUCCUCUCAACCCACCAGUUAGGAGCCAACAAGAAGCUGACGGUGUCCAUCCACGAGACACGAACAAGUGUGAAAAUGUCUUCCCGACAACUGUCUUCGCAUCAGUCAGGCUGGUUGUCUCUUCCUGUGACCAGGAUUAUUAAACGGUGGAUCGCCCGUAAAGAUGCACCGUUGAGGUUCAAGGUUUUUGUCAAAUCAAGUAGUGGAUUUGCAACCGCAAUCACAGAUGAUGUGGAAAUUCCCAAGGUUUGGCUGGUUGUCUACAGCGAAGCCAAGCAGGGACAAGCCUUUCCUUAUUUGGCUCUCAAUCUGAAGACUAGCGGAUCCUCUGGUAGUAGAAUGAGACGCGACAAUUCACCCUCAAAGAUGGCCGCCAACGAGAAUCCCUGCAGAAAGGAAGACAUGGUCAUAGAAUCACUCGAAUUCGGUAAGACAGAGAAGGUCAUUUAUCCCAGAACCUUUAACGCAUACCAGUGUUCCGGAAACUGCUCCAGCAACACUGGAAAGGCACGAUUCAUCAACCACUCUAUCCUAAAGGCGUUCGUGUCGCAGAAAAACGGAAUCAAAGGCAAAGAUGGGUCGUGCUGCAUUCCUUCCAAGCUGAAGCCGGUAACCUUGAUUUUAGUCACUGACAAAAAAGGCUACCUGAUUAAAACUAUUAGGGAUAUCGUUGUGGAGGAGUGCCGAUGUUACUAAAAGCUCUCCAAUCUGCUGUUAUUUGUGGUGUGCAUGUAAAAGCAUGCCUCGUCAAAGAUUAGAGCGAUAUGUCUUGAUUACGUGAAGGGGACAGUGACUUUACCAUCAUUAAUUUUCUUUACAUGAGCAGCCGUACACACUAGACACGGAGGUCUAGGGCUAGUUUCUUAAACAUAAAAUAUGACUGUAGUGGGUUUUCCGCGAACAGGAGCAACAAUGGCGUUUUGUCUGCAUAAAAGUGGUAUAUUGCACAGAAAUAAAUAUUCAACGAAAUAACUAUUUCUUCUGCGUUCACCGAUUUUGAGGAUUCGUGAACACGUCUGUCUUACAUCAUGAUAAAGCCAAUAAUAACCGCGUUUUAAAGCUUAAAGGGGGUAUAGUAAUUAUUACAGUUUUCAGGUCUCGUGGUGAAGUUCAUGUUGUACAAGG